CUUUGAACUUAUACUUAAACUGCCAACCAAAAUUUCAGUCAGUUAUCAAAUAAUGUGAAACCAGUCGGGUCCUAUAACAAAACACAGAAAUACACAAAUUUUCGACCUGCAAAAUGGAAGAGACUGAAAUUUUGGAAAAUCAAAACGUAACACAAGCAGACAAGAUGAAACCAGCAAGUGCACACGGUGAACACAAGGAGGUGUAUUUGUUGAAUGUUUCAGACUCUGAGGAUUCACUUGAACAAAUGAAUCUUGACAAGAAAAAGUUAAACGGGUUCAAGAACUCUAAGAAGCAAUCACAUAUGGACAAUUUGGAACAAAACCAAGCUAAAGAAAAAUCACCGGAAGUAACACACAAAGAUAUAAAACUACACGAUACUGAGAAAAUCGAAUCUAAGGAAUCAAAGAAGUUAAGUAAAACUGAAGAAACGGUUAAAGUUCCUGCAGCCAAGGAAGGAAACAUCAAAAUGAACAAGGAAACCGAUAAAACUAAUUCGAUGGAUUCAAAGGAACUAAGUCAAGAAGCAAAAAUGGAAGUAUCUGCAAAAAUGGAAGAUAGUGUCGUAGUAAGCAAGGCCUCUAGUAAGAUUAUUCCGAAGAAACCCAAGGUACCAAGCCAAGAAAAGUUAAGGGACGCGGCAUCGAGCAGAAAGAUAAAAGUUGAAGAAAAGUCCCAAAAAGCCUUUCCAUCUAGCCAGUUCCUUGCAGAAGAAUCACAGAAAAAUCCCAAAGGAGAGACUAUGGAAGACGAGAAGAAUCCCAAGAAAGAAAAUCAGGAAAGCGGCGAAAUUUUGAAGAGUAUUCCAGAAAAGCCCGAAAAAAGAGCUCUUAACGAAACCAAUGAAUCGAGGAAACAGGAAACCAUUCCGAAGCCUGAACCAAUCUUCCAAACCUUGAGUAACGAAAAACCAGAUGCAGCGAUGGCAAGCACUUCUUUGGCGUCUCAGGAGAAAAUGGAAAACGCGAAGGAAACAAGAACUGCAACCAACUCGAUAAGAACUGCAGUAAAGCCUACUAAAAAGGAUAUAAGGACCCAGCCGAGGGACAAAAUCAAAAAGGAUAUGGAAGAAUAUUUCAGUGGUAUUCAGGCCCUGGAAGUAAGGAAGAAACUAACCGAUGACAUGAACGCAAAGGAAGCUCAAGCUAUUCUAAAGGAGGAGCAGCGAAGGAAAUCCUGGAAGGAAAUGCUCUCAGAGGUCGGCAAAGCCACUUCCCUAUCCACAUCUACUCACAGCACAUCGUCGGGAAGACCGCCCCGAUCCGUAGUCAUAGCCAUCCUGCAGCGUACCGCCAAGGCCGAGUACAAGAGGAAAAUGACAAUCCUCAAGGACAACUUCAACUAUCGCCUGGGGCUGAUCAAGCAGCUCAAACACGACAUGAAAAACAACUUUAAGAGCGAGGCCCAGCAACUCUAUUGCGACUACCACUCCAUCAAGAACCAGACUCAGAAUCAACCCACUUUAAACGAUAUGCAUACAGUUUAUUCCAUGCCGAACAAUAGCCACGAUGUCUAGCGAUCUUCUUGGGGAUUAGGACUUUAUUCAGAAAUAUCAAGGCCCUGAAAUCAACACUUGAAAAGACGAUCCACCGGCCGGAAAUAAGAUAAGGACUAUACCUCUUGGAACUCUACUAAUCAGAAAGCACUAAAAAGGUGUUACCACCAGCCGAAGAAAAGAUAAGGAAUAUACCUAUUUUGCCGUUCACCAUCUAUACGCAACAAGGAAUACACAAAACACUAGAUAGGACUUACCUCUUGACCUUUACUUUUCACUGACUUUAAGGAUCCAUAUAUGAACCACUAUAAACGUGUAACCGGCAGCCGAAACUAGGAUAAGGACUUUACCUCCUGUACCUCUAAUUUUCACCACCUUUAAGGAACGAGGGAGUCGAAAAUAGGAUAAGGACUAUAUCUCCUGCACUUCUCUAAAUCACCAGACAUUCUCUCCAUUCAAAAAGAGUAGGAAGACAAGAUAUCAGGACCUCAAAAUCUGUAGUAAUUUAUACACGCAAUACUCUCAAAAAGUUUCCACAAGUGGCGCAGACAAAGGGCUUCAAGGUACUAAAAAACCAGUACCUAGAACCAGGUCUCCGAACUCUACGCUACAAAAGUGGAACAUCCUGCCGAAAGCAGGAUAUCAUGGGACUGUACCUCUUGCAUUCAUUUUGUGCACUUGCUUUUUUGCAUCUUGAAGGAGUGCAUCUGUAUCUCAUUAACUGUGUUUUAACGGUACAGUCACCGCUCGCUCUGUACGCCCCUCGGUAUGCAACAGUUUUGUUGUAUACCCAGCAACCUUAAAUUUGCGCCACUUCUGUUUUGCAUGUCGAAAUAAAAACAGCUCACAGCAAAGACAAUGAAAAUUGACCCAAA